UUCUGUCCUCCCUUAAAGUCACCUGAAGGAGGAAGAAGGUGAGGAGGUGAUGGUGAAGUUGGAGAGGAGGAGCUUGCCGCUCGACUUACGGUAGCAGUCUGACCGCCGCCUUCUCUCUGCUGCUUGCUCCCCCUCCCCUCCCUACUCCUCCUCCACCUCCUCCUCUUCCUGAAGCCGCUAUUGCAGCAGCAGCUACAGCAGUAGCAGCAGCAUCAACCCGGUGCCUCCCGCAUCCAUGAAGAAACCCCUCACGCACGGCUCCCUCCCCGCCACCAUGGGCCGCAUUCACCGUUCCACUGCGUUGUCGUGUUGAUGAUUGAGAUUGAGAUGAUUUUUCAGCUUCCAAAUAUGAAUCAUGCAUUUGAUAUUUCUGGCCACUUUGCUCGUCAGCAUCCCUGCGCCCUGGCUCCAUCCAGCACUAGCGUCAUCCGUUUCUCCAGGAGUAGAGAACGAGGUUGAGGGAGAUGCAGUGACAGCACUGCUGAAGCAACAGGCGACUGCAGCACCUGCUACAGACAACACAACACAGGCUGCAGUAGAGCAGGAGAUCACCUACCCCUCACGCUUAAUCUACUACCUGAACGAGGACACGGAGAGCACCUACCAUGACCUGGACACGAGAGUCAAGAACCAGGAUUCAGAGGGACAGGCCAUCCAUCUCGCUCAGGCCAGUUUCCAGUUAGAGGCAUUUGGCUCCAGAUAUGUUCUGGAUCUAAAGUUGAACAACGGCUUGCUGUCUUCAGAUUAUGUUGAGAUCCAUUAUGAAGGAGGCAAACCAGUUCUAUCAAAGGGCGGUGAGCACUGUUACUACCAUGGCCAGGUGAGAGGAAAUGAUAACUCCCAUGUGGCCUUAUCUACCUGCAACGGGCUGCAUGGGAUGUUUGACGAUGGAGACCACGUCUACCUAAUCGAGCCCCAGGAACUGUCUCAUUCAAUCGAUACAGCUGCAAGGCCUCACAGACUAAGAAGAGCAGCUUCCCUUCACUGGAACAAUGAUCCUGAGGAACAGGUGGAGGAAGGGCAGCUCUUCCCAGAGCUGGAUGACUUGGCCUGGCUGCGGCGCAGGAAAAAGAGAGCUAUGCCUCGCAACGUAUUUGAGGAGACAAAAUAUUUGGAAAUCAUGAUUGUCAGUGACCACAACCUGUACAAACGCCACAAGACGAAGCUGCACACAAAGAACUUCGUCAAGUCAGUGGUGAAUUUUGUUGACGCUAUCUUCAAAGAGCAACUUCACACACGUGUAGUGCUCGUUGCCGUGGAGAUCUGGACAGACAAGGAUCAGAUCCCCAUCACGGUGAGGCCUCUGGAAAUGCUGCGGGACUUCUCCAAGUACAGGCAGCAGAGCAUCAAGCACCACGCAGACGCUGUUCACCUCUUCUCAAAUUCGACCUUCCAUUAUCACAGUAGCAGCGCAGCGUACUUCGGGGGCGCUUGCUCCGUGAGCCGUGGAGUCGGGGUCAAUGAGUACGGCAACACGGGGGCCAUGGCUGCGUCUCUGUGCCAGAGUCUGGCCCAGAAUCUGGGGAUCCAGUGGGACCCAGCGUUGAAGAGAAAAGAAUGUGGCUGUUCUGACCCUUGGAUUGGCUGCAUCAUGGAGGAUACUGGGGCCCAACCACCGAAACGAUUCUCCAAAUGCAGCAUCACAGAUUACAAGGAGUUCCUCCUGAAAGGUGGAGGCUCAUGUCUGUUUAACAGGCCAACCAAGCUUUUUGAGGCGACAGAGUGUGGGAAUGGAUUUGUAGAGGUGGGAGAGGAGUGUGACUGCGGAGGCAGAGCUGAGUGCUACAAAGAAUGCUGCAAGAAGUGCUCCCUGGCCAAUGGUGCGCACUGCAGUGACGGCCCCUGCUGCAAUAAUACAUGCCUGUUUUACCCUCGAGGUUACGGUUGUCGCUACGCUGUAAACGACUGUGACAUCUCAGAGACCUGCUCUGGAGACUCUGGACAGUGCCCUCCAAAUCUUCAUAAACAAGAUGGCUACCUUUGCCAAAUGAACCAGGGUCGCUGCUACAGUGGAGAGUGUAAGACCAGAGAGAAUCAGUGUAAAUACAUCUGGGGCUCAAAGGCUGGAGGCUCGGAGAAAUUUUGCUACGAGAAGCUGAACACAGAGGGCACAGAGAAGGGUAACUGUGGGAGAGAUGGAGAGAAGUGGGUCGCAUGCAGCAAACAUGAUGUGUUCUGUGGUUACCUUCUGUGUACCAACACCGGCCGCAGCCCACGUAUUGGCCUGAUAAAAGGAGAAAUAACCACUACCUUUUUCAACCAUAAAAAUGGACAGAUAGACUGCAGUGGUGGACACGUCCUUUUGGAUGAUGACACUGAUUUAGGCUACGUGGAGGAUGGGACUCCCUGUGGGCCGUCAAUGAUGUGCCUUGACCGCAAGUGUCUGCCAAUCCAGUCACUUAAUAUGAGCACCUGCCCCAGUGGACCUAACGGUCAGGUGUGCUCUGCCCACGGGGUGUGCAACAAUGAAGCCGCGUGCACCUGUGACGCUACAUGGGCAGGGACAGACUGUAGCAUGCCUGACCCACCUAAAGAGCCUGAAGCCACUCGGGAUGAAGGGCCCAAGGUGAGCGUGGCCACUAACAGGCUGAUAGGGGCAGUAGCAGGGACAAUUCUGGCCCUGGGGGUGAUUUUUGGAGGCACAGGGUGGGGAAUAGAAAAUGUGAAGAAACGGCGCUACGACCCCAACGCCACAGCCAUUUAACCCAGGGAGAGACGGCAAUCACUGAUGGACCCUCCAAGGCUUCCUUAGUUGGCUACCUGACAGCUGGACUGCACUUAUUGCUGCUGAUAUUUUGGCAUUAGAUUUACUUGAAAAAAAAACAACAAAACAAACAAAAACAUAAAUAGUGGCCAUUUUAUCAAAUUUCAUUGUAGUGAUAAAUUGCAGCCUACUUCAACUUCAUCUCACUCAUAUAUAGCCCCCCCACCACACCACACCACACCCGACCCUCCCUGAUCUUCAAAGUGACACAGCUCCCUCUCUCAUUCUUUAGUGCCAGUGCACAGGCGUUCCCAGAUGGAAUUCACACCACUCUCUCACCUGGCAU